UUAGUUUAUAGCUCCAGUGGAACUGCUCUAUGCAAGUUUUUUAUAUGUUUCAAUGCUUUUCCAGGUGUUUGAGUCCUUUAUCUGCUGUUCCCCUGGUUGCUCUCUCUGGCUUUGGGCUCUAUGAGUUUGGUUUUCCUGUGCUUGCUAAUUGCAUCGAGAUCGAGUUGCCACAGAUCGUCCUUCUCUUAGUUUUUGCACAGUAUAUACCUCAUAUUACGAGUGGGGAGCAGCACAUGUUUGAGCGCUUUGCUGUCGUAUUCUCUGUUGUGAUUGUCUGGCUAUAUGCUCACCUGCUGACUGUUGGCGGAGCAUAUAAGAACACUGGACCUAAAACUCAAAUGACCUGCCGGACCAAUCGCGCUGGGAUUAUAGGUGGUUCUCCUUGGAUAAGAGUUCUGUAA